CGAUAUUUCAUCGGAAAUAACUACGGAGGAAUUUGGGGCGUUUGCACCAUUUCGUAUUCAAGGACAGGGCAGACCAAAUAAUACCUACAAUCUAUACCGCCUCUACUAUUCUGAAUAUGUCCAACAACGCCCAUAUCUUCAAGCAAAACUUCAACUACAUUAUAUAACUCAACCAUUGAUUGUCCAAAUGCAUCCUCAAGCUUUAGUUUAUAACCACGAAUUAAUGGAAACAGAGCAAAUCCGUGAAGGCGUGACAAUUCAACCUCAAAUCCGAGAGUUUUAUAUCCAAUACCCUCCACUUGGAACAUCUGGAAGCGUUGGUGAAAGUAGCCAACAAGCCGGUGGAAGACGUCGCCAUCGUAACGGAGGAAAUGGCAAUGGAGGGAAUGGCAAUGGAGGGAAUGGUCAACGCGGUGGUGGACGUCGCCGUAUUAAUGGAGGGAGAGGAGGAAAUGGAAAUGGCGGAAAUUGA